UAACAAAGUGGACGGGUAUUUUAUGACUCUAAUUGCACUCGGUGUUUAUUUAAUGGUAGAAGUUGGUAGUGUAGAAUUGCCAAGAUCCUUUGAAACCUGUAGCACGUUUUUAAAUGGGAUAGAUCUUUUGCGAACGUUUCAGACAGCAUAUGAACAAGCCUCUAAGAAAGUUUUAACAGUAAUAAACGAGAAUAAAGAAGAGCUUGAAGACCCAAAGAAUAUUGGGUUUAGAGCAUGGUGUCGACCAACUUUGGGGACACCA